AUGGCGGAGUUCCCACCGGAGCUGAUCUUUGAAAUCCUUUUACGGCUCCCGCCCGAGGGCUUGUUACGAUGCUUAUGUGUUUCCAAAUCUUGGAAUGCUACCAUCCAUGACAAAAACUUUAUCAAAUCCCAUCUCCAGCGCUCCAUCCAAACCAAUUCUUUUGGCUCUCUUUAUGUAUAUGCAGGUUUUUACCACGACGGGAGGAAGUUGAAGUUCUCUACUAUUUACAACGACGGUACUAUAGAACAAGCCACGGGAAUCGGACAGUCGCCUCUGCAAGACGUAGAAGGCCGGAUCCCUUUUCCUUACACGUUGGUCUCAUGCAAUGGGAUAAUUUGCAUUCGCACCGAGACGGUCGACAAGGUCGAGGAAUUUGUUUUGUGGAAUCCGUCAAUUCAAAAGUUCAAAAAUAUACCCUCCCCAACGUUUGAGCAGCCUCCAUCGUCAGACAUAUAUUUGCACCGUCGCUAUGGAUUCGGGUAUGAUUCAGCAAACGACGACUAUAAACUUUUGGGAAUUGCAAUGUUUUUUGUUAAUUGGGACUUGAAUAUUUCUGUGCACCAAUAUCAAAUUUAUAGCCUAAAAUCCAACUCAUGGAGAAAGAUAAAAAACAUGCCGCGUGAUGAGUUUCAAUUCAGUGCGAGUGAGAUCGUGUUUUUGAACGGUUGUCUAAGUUGGCAGGCAUAUAACGUAUUAGAUAAAAAAUUCUAUGUUGUCACCUUUGAGCUUGCCAGUGAGAAAUAUCACUGGUUUCCCAACCCGGUUAAUGGGAUUGUGUAUUUAGAGGUCUUGGGAGACUCUCUAUGUAUUUUUCGUUUGCGAACCACCAUAGAUGCUUGGAUUAUGAAGGAACAUGGAUCUUGGACCCUGCUUUAUUCUAUAGAGCAGGCCGCUAUGCGUUGGGUUAGUCGGUGGAAACCCGUGCUGCUCUCAAAGAAUGGUGAAAGUGUUCUUCUGAUGAAUGGCUUAGAAAAGUUUGCUUGGUUUGAUUUCGUGAAAAAUAGUUGGAAAGAAGUUGGAACUGCAGGUCCAUACAUUCAUACCAUAGAUACCAUUUGCAUGAGGAGCCUAUGUCUUCUUGAUGGCGACCCAAUUAUUGUUGAGAGCAGCAAGUCCCUCUCCCUCUAA